CUAAGUCGUUAUCCUAAACGGACUGAUGUAAGCGAAUUGGCGAGUUUGACCAUAGACGAAGAUUUUACGCUAUGAAAUUGUGCAAAUCUUGCGUAAUGACCGAAAAUCCUGGUGGUCGGGGUGUGCCAGUGAGUUGGAAGCAGCAGCCACAUUUCUCUCACCUCAUUCGAGCCACUGGCAGCGAGAAUUCUGGUGUGAGUGAAGUUGAUGGGAAGCCAAUCUUGGACGAUGGGCAUUGUUCUUCGGAGAGCAGUCCAAAUGAUCUGCUACUUCGGCGACAUCGAUCAGACCGUUCUGUCCUCCCCGGUCAGUGUAGUCUGAUUAACCUAACGAAGUGGAAGUAUGCCAGAAACUCCAACUUUUGGAGUGACUACAAUUUAUCUUUUUAA